UUCCGGGCUGCGGCCGUGCGGGAUAAACAGUAAUGGCCGAGGCGGUGGCGCUGGGCACGGCGGCGGGCGCCGCGGCGGCGGCAGCGGCAGCAGCAGCAGCAGCCUUGGGGCCGAGCGCCGCCGCCGCGGCGGCCGCGGAGGAGGCGGGCACGCUGUUCGGGCCCGCGGCCGUGCCGCCGCUCGCCCUGGGGCCGGGAGGCGGCUGGACCAAGCAGGUCACCUGCAGGUAUUUCAUGCAUGGAGUUUGCAAGGAAGGAGACAACUGUCGCUACUCCCAUGACCUGUCCACUAGUCAGUCUGCCAUGGUGUGCAGGUAUUAUCAGCGAGGAUGCUGUGCUUACGGAGAUCAUUGCAGAUAUGAACACACCAAGCCACUGAUACAGGAAGAAGAAGAUGUGACUACUGUGAAUCCAGAUGAAAAAAUUUAUCCCUCAGUAUCUUCAGACCUUGCAUCAUUCCCUGAUGAAACCAUUGAAGAAGAAAUUGUUGAGUUAGAAGCUGAAGAUUUAGAUCUGGCAGCUGCAGGAGUAGGUGUUGAAGACUGGGUGAAUGCUGUAGAAUUUGUCCCUGGGCAGCCAUACUGUGGACGUGCUGCUACUUCCUGCACUGAGUUACCCUUGGAUGGAAUGGUGAUUGAGGAAGAAUAUGAGAAGCAGGAAGAAAACGAGGAGAUGAAGAAGGAGCUAUGCCCCUACGCCGCAGUAGGAGAAUGUCGUUAUGGAGAAAACUGCGUAUAUAUCCAUGGGGAUGUGUGUGAUAUGUGUGGGCUGCAGGUCUUGCAUCCAAUUGAUGCUGCCCAGAGAUCCCAGCACAUAAAGUCUUGCAUUGAAGCUCACGAGAAGGACAUGGAGCUUUCAUUUGCCGUCCAGCGUAGUAAAGACAUGGUGUGCGGGAUAUGCAUGGAGGUGGUAUAUGAAAAAGCUAAUCCUAGUGAGCGCCGCUUUGGGAUCCUCUCCAACUGCAACCACACUUACUGUCUCAAGUGCAUCCGCAAGUGGAGGAGUGCUAAACAAUUUGAGAGCAAGAUUAUAAAGUCCUGCCCAGAAUGUCGGAUCACAUCUAACUUUGUCAUUCCAAGUGAGUACUGGGUGGAGGAGAAAGAAGAGAAGCAGAAACUCAUUCAGAAAUACAAGGAGGCAAUGAGCAACAAGCCAUGCAGGUAUUUUGACGAAGGCCGUGGGAGCUGUCCAUUUGGAGGGAACUGUUUUUACAAACAUGCGUAUCCUGACGGCCGUCAAGAGGAGCCGCAGAGACCCAAAGUAGGAAUGGCCCAGCGAAGGAAUCGGUUCUGGGAGUUCAUCGAGGAGCGAGAGAAUGGUGAUCCAUUUGAGACCGAUGAAGAUGAGGUGGUGACCUUUGAGCUUGGUGAGAUGUUGCUCAUGCUGUUGGCAGCAGGAGGUGAUGAUGAGCUAACAGAUUCCGAGGACGAGUGGGACUUGUUUCAUGAUGAGCUGGAAGAUUAUUAUGACUUGGAUCUAUAGCACCUGUCAGUGGAGUGUGGACUGUUGUCUUGGCUUCAGGCAGUAGCUAUUACCUGUGGUGUUGUGGCAGUGCCUGUGUUUCUCCUAGGCAGGCCUAUCAAUUCCAGGUGCUGUUGUAAUAACUUUUACCCAGGGUCUGUCUCUUCCCACCCCCUCCCAUCCCAGGAGUGUUGUUUUUCCUCUGUUUAAACAAAUAACAAGAAAUCUUCAAAAUGUUAGUUUUUGUAAAAAUGAAUUUAA